GAAAAAAAUCACACCAAAAGUUUGAUUCCAUUAAUACUCUGGGUAUCUAUCUACCUUCAUUUUCAACUCAACCCUAUUGAAAUUGAAAUUCAAUUCAAAGCAAAGUCCCUCUCUUGUUACUACCUACAUACAUGUCCCAUUCAUUUCUCAGCUGAUGGGACUUCUCUAUCUAUCUCUUUAGCUACUCUUCUUCUGCAUUACCUCCUCUCUUCAUAAUCUCAAUGUGGGUGAUUUUCCUUUUGGGAUCUUCAAUCGCACCCAUUUGGUAGUGCACCAUUUUCAAUUCUUGCUCUCUCUCACUUUCUCCAUAUUAAUUGCAUCAUCAUCAUCAGCUCUUCUCUAUCUCCGUCUCUUUAGAUCUUACGACUUACCAAUUUAUCAGCUUUUAAAUACCCAAGAUCCAAUUUUAUUUUUUGGGUGGGGGGUCUUGAUGGAUCCAUUACAUAAACUACAAGUGUAUAAUCACCAAGUACUCAAUGCAGCAUUAUCUCCGAUCAAAAGCCAACAAUCACAUUCAACAGAAACAAGUUCACCAAUCUUAGUUAUUGCAAUACUAGGAAUCAUGACAACAGCUUUACUACUGAUAGGCUAUUAUAUAUUUGUAAUCAAAUGUUGGUUAAAUUGGCAUCGAAUUGGUGUUGUGAGAAGAUUCUCCUUUAGAAGAUAUGAAGACCCAUUGAUGGUUUAUGAUCCAGCUGCUGAACACCGUGGUGUCGAUGAAUUGGUUAUUCGAGCAAUCCCAAUAUUUCAAUUUAAGAGAAGAGAAGGUGAUAAUGAAGACAGUAGUUUCCAUGAAUGUGCGGUUUGUUUGAAUGAGUUUCAAGAACAAGAGAAGUUAAGGGUUCUUCCUGGUUGUAGUCAUGCUUUUCAUAUUGAUUGCAUUGAUAUUUGGCUUCAAAAGAAUGAUAAUUGUCCGCUUUGUAGAUCCAGUAUCUCGACGCCAACUAGAUUUCCUUUUCAUCAAAUUAUAGCUCCAACUUCUUCACCACAGGAUCAAACUCCUUUUACAGAUACCGUCAUUAAUACGGAUGAAGAUUUCGUAGUCAUUGAAAUCAAGGGUGACAAUGAUAAUAAUACUAGUUCAGAUCAACUUAAUACUAUUCGGCGACAAGACACGGGGAAAUCAGGAGAAAUUUUGAGUCAGUCAAAUGUUGCCAAUCCUUGGCCGAUGAGAAAGUUAGAGCCAAAAUCAAUACAGAAAAGGGCUAGAAAGUAUCAUCAUGUUUCAAGUAUGGGAGAUGAAUGCAUUGAUAUUAGAGGGAAAAAAGAUGAUCAGUUUUCGAUACAACCCAUUAGAAGAUCAAUUUCUAUGGAUUCUUCAGUUGAUAGACAGCUAUAUCUAUCUGUUCAAGAGAUUAUACAACAAAAGAAUAGACAACAAUUCAAUGAUGUUAGUACAAGUGAUCAACAAGAUUCUAGCAGUAGAAUUCGAAGUCGAUCGUUCUUUUCGUUUGGAAGUGGACGAGGAUCUAAGAAUGCAAUUACUCCUUUGCAGUUUGAUGAGUCGUAACAGUAAAAACCUAGUGUAAUUCAUCUUUGAGUUUUAAUUUUUGGUUCUUUUCUGGAACAAUUCUUUUUACACUUGUUGAGAGAUAGUAGUUUUAUAAACAGUAGUAUAAAAUCGAGUGUAUAGCAAAUUUGUAUCUUGGGUAAAUACUUGAGAGCGAGAUUAAUUUUCAAACCCUA